GAAGUCGACUACAUUUCAACAUGGCCGACGAAAGAUGCUUUGUGGCCUUCACGAAUGGUGAAAAAAGGUUCAUGUUUUGAAUGGGAUUUUAGCCUGGAUGCAAUGCAGAAUGAGUCAAAAGGAACUUCUGUUGCCAAACUACGAUGCAUCUAACGUACAGCAAGCCGGAAGAAAAUUAAGUAAUCCGUCUCAAAGAAGAUCGAAAACUUUGCAAAUGGACGUCAUGCAUUAAAAUUAUGAACAUGUUCAAAGCUUCGAGACGAAGGCGAUCAACACGAAGAAGGACUGAAACGUAUAGCUCUGGUCCAGCUGUUUUAGGAAGCGAACGAAGUUCUGUGGAAGACAACACUAUUGAAAAGACUGGUCCCCAAAAAUCUUGUGUUAGAGGAAUAGAAAUUCCAGGGUUUUAUUACGACCCAGAGAAAAAACGUUACUUUAAAAUGACCAAAGAUCAUCCAGGGAAGAAAUUGGUUUUAUGUCACUGUGGAGGGUGGAAAGAUGCAACAACUGUCAAUCAUAACAGAGUAAUACCCAGCAAUAUUAAAGUCACCAAAAAACCAUCAAGGAUAUCUAUAGCCAUCAACCUAAAGCACAGAGAAUAUUCCUGCCACUCACAGACACCCAGUCGGAAUAUGCUAGAAAAGCUUACUCGCGUGCUGAAACUCAAGCAGAAGUUAACUCUUGAUCCUAGUUCUAAUGACUUCUUCGAAAUGGAUAGAUUUUCAGUUUCAAGAAUAGAGCCAGAUGCUUGUCAUGAGAGGAUCUUGACUCUCUACGAUACCAAACCUACAGGAAACCAAAUAGUCCAAUUCCAUGACCUUUUAAAAGACCAAUACAAUAAUCUUGAUGUUGUACAUAAUAUGGCUAUGAUGAAAAAUCAGAAAAUAACUGGCCUUCUUUGGAGUCCACACAGAGAAACAAAAAACAUUUACAUAGCAUCUUUACUUGGACAUGGAAAUAUGUCUGGAGAAACCAUGAUCUUUAAAGUGGAUGGUGCUUCACAACGUAUAGUUGGCAGAUGCAAUGUGCAUAGCAAUACAGUGUGGACUAAUUCAUGGAGCAAAAACCCUCUCUACAGUAACAUGAUAAGUAUUGGGGCCAGCAAAGUAGCUCUCACAUUAGAUGUGACCACAAAAAGACGUGUAAUUCAUGUGAAAUGUGUUAGUGAUGUGUUUGCACAGGAGUUCUCGUGGAGUAACCCUGUUCUUUUCAAUGGAUCUCGCGAUGGCUGUAUACGUACAUGUGAUGUGCGCACAUUAGGACACAACUGGCCAGUCAUGUGUCUUAAACAGGGAAAGCUGGCGUCAAUAACAUGCUUACGUGCACUGCACAAUGAAAACCAUUUGUUGGCCAGUGGUUUGGAUGGAUCGCUGAAAAUGUGGGACCUAAGAGCGAAGGCCUGUGUGUUGGAUUAUAGAGGGCACGUUAACGAGAUUACGCACGGGCUACCCUUCUAUGUGGACCCCACUGACUCAGUAAUCUUUGCCGCUGGUCAAGAUUCCGUGACUCGUAUCUGGAGCAUUGGAAGUGGUGAACUGCUUCACUCGAUCCCAUUCCCUAAGAGUGUAGACAAAUCACUCAGCCAUAUUCCUGCUCUUUACUACUCAGAGGGGUGGGGUGGGAAAGGAGGGAUGCCUGGACUGUUGUACGGAGCAGGAGACUCAAUCUAUUCUUAUUCAUACUGAAGUGAAGAAAGUGAAGUCUACAUUACAGGUCGUCAAUGAUGGAAGACAAAGCGACUUGUGUACUGGAUGAACUAAUCGCUCAGUGCAUUCUUGAAAAAGUGACCUCUGUCAGUGGUGAAGUAUAAAAUUAAUGGAAAACAAACCCAGUUCCCAAAAACAGAAGGGAAUUAAAUAUUUAAAGCAAAAAUUUGUACUCUCUCAUGUAAGAACCUCAUGGUGUCGAAUAAUGAGAAGUCUUAUGCAGUUCUUCACAUAACCUUGAACAGAUAAAAUAUUAAAUUCAAUUGCAAGGUAAUAAAUAAAUUAAUAAAUAGUAAUGCGAUU